AUGAGCUUCCUUCAGGACCCUUUGAUUGAAUGGCGUACAUCAUUGUCGCGUCAUCAGCAGCAGCAGCAGCAGCAACAGCAGCAGAACGAAGCAGCAGCAACAAAGACAGGAGAGCGCAAGGCCUAUGCAUGCAUCGUAGCAAUACAGAAGAAACUGCAGGGCUGUAUAUCUGUGCUGCCCCCUGGCGCCUUUGAAGAGUCUGUACAGCCGCAGCAGCAGCAGCAGCAGCACAAGCAGCAGAAGCAGCUGCAGAGAGAUGACGACAGCAGCAGCAGUGAAGACUCCUUUGUUGAAUCCGAGGAGGAAGAGCCCAACAUAUCAGGUGCAACAGGUGCUGCUGCUGUUGCUGCUGCUGCUGCACCACAAAGCAGCAGCGGUACACUUGGGGUGUAUGCACAGGUUGCUGCUCUUAUUCGUUCUGCUUCUUCAGUAGAUAACCUCGCAAAGAUGUACGAUUUAGGAUAA